UUGUCUCAUCAAAGAUGUUCAGAUGAAACACAAAGAAAACCUCCGGGUACUAAGUGAGAUGCUUGAAUUGAAAACAAUCCUGACGUCGGAGAAGAUUGAGAUUUCGCAGCUGGGUGACCGAUAUACUGAACUGACAAUUAUUUCUCCAUUACGUCAGUGGAAGCUCGUGGAACACGAACUCUUGUCACGCGGGAAAGAACACGAAGAAUGUCGAGAACAGCAUCUCCAGAGAGAAUUGGAAAAGAUACGAAUUGAUCAGUUAUUUCGGAGCAGUUUUACUGGGGAAAUGCGUUUGAUGGAGAGGUCAACUAGCGAUGCUGUGGUACUUAAUACGGGGUGUUCAGCGGUUGCCUGUGGAGUCCCAGGCAUUGGUAAAACAACAUUAGUGCAGAAGAUAAUUCAUGAUUGGGCGACAGGAACCAUCUACCCAUACUUCCAAUUUGUUUUUAGUUUUAAAUUCCGCGACCUGAAUAGCAUAAGGAGCAAAGUGACGUUGAAAGAUUUGAUAUUAAAUUCCUAUCCUUACCUGGCGACACUUCUGGAAGAGCUUUGGAAGAAUCCAACUGUUUUGUUGUUUAUCUUUGAUGGUUUUGAUGAAUUCAAUGGUUUUAUUGAUUUCGCUGACAGAGGGGCAGUGACAGAGCCCAAACACAUGUGCCUCGAUCCCGAGUGGCCGUGUGAAGUCUCUGAUAUAGUGUAUAGCUUAAUCCAGCGCAAGUUGCUCCCAGGAUGUUCAGUGCUGUUGACCACACGCCCGGCCUCACUAAAUUUACUAGAACAAGCGGACAUUAAUGUUUGGGUUGAAAUCCUGGGAUUUGUAGGUGAGCAAAGGAAGGAAUAUUUCAACCGUUUUUUUGGAGAUCGGGCGGUGGCAGAAGCUGUUUUCAAACACGUGAAGGAGAACGAGAUCCUAUACACCAUGAGCUACAACCCCUCAUACUGCUGCAUCUUGGGACUUACACUGGGCCCUUUCUUCAUGCAUAAAGGCAGAGACCUGAAGCUAAUACCCAAGACAAUUACCCAACUGUAUUCCUACUAUGUUUACAACAUCUUGAAAAAACACAGCUCAGAGACUAAGAAUGUUUGUGACGUGUUAUUGAGAGUUGGUCAGAUGGCCUUCAUCGGAGUGUCUGAGAAGAAAAUUGUGUUUCAAAAUGAAGAUUUGAUGAAGCACAAUCUACAGCCUUCCCAGGUUUUGUCCGGGUUCUUGGUGGAACUUCGGGAGACAGUUACCACUGGCUCUCGGGUGGUGUACACCUUCCCGCACCUCACGAUCCAGGAGUUUGUAGCCGCACUCGCACUAUUCCUAUGUCCAUAUCCAGGGGAUAUCAAGAAACUCCUCACUGAAGCCCACAGCGCGAAAGAUGGGCGGUUUGAGGUAUCUUUCCGUUUCGUUGCUGGCCUCUCCUCCCCAGGAUCAUCUAAACCGCUGAUGGAGUUUGUGGAUCAAUUUCCUGAGGAAAGCAUCCACCAAGUGAUUGAUUGGGUGAAACAGAACGUGGAUAAUCAGAUUGGAAGCUCGUGGAGUGAAAGGGGCAAAAGGAAUCUGUUAAACACAUUGCACUAUCUGUUUGAGUCUCAGAAUCCUGCAGUUGCACAAGUCACAUUGGGAUCAGUACCAAGACUUACAUUUGGAGAUGCGGAUGCAAAGAAGGCAUUAUCACUCACACCAAUUGACUGUGCAGUGCUUUCGCACGCCAUUGGACUCUGUUGCACAAUAAACGAGCUUGAUCUUCGCAAUUGCUGCAUUCAAUACGAAGGGAUGCUGCGUCUUGAGGCGCUGAGAAACUCGCUACUGUUCUUCGUAAAAGCGAAGGAACUGGACCUACGUCAUAAUAAGCUGGGUGAUCGGGGAAUGAAACGACUGACUACGGCUCUGAACGACUCAGAUUGUCAAAUACAGGAACUGAGAGUAGAAGACAACGGCCUCACUGACUCUUGUGCCGAGGAUCUCGCCGCCGCUCUCUGUGCAACCCCCUCGCUGACUAAACUGAACUUGGGUGAGAACUACUUGGGGGACUCAGGAGUAAAAGUGUUGUCUAGAGCACUCAUGGAUUCCGAUUGUAAAAUACAGAAAUUGAGUCUGAACAACAACCAACUUACCGACUCCAGUGCACGAGAUAUUGCCUCCACUCUGAAUGCAAACAUUUCGCUGACGCAACUGGAUCUCGGUGAGAAUACGCUGGGAGAUUCGGGAGUAAAAAUGUUGUCUGUGGCUCUCAGAGAUUCGGACUGUAACAUCCAGGAGUUGGGUCUAAGUAGUAAUCACCUCACAGCAUCUUUCGCUCAUGCCCUGGCGUCUGCUCUCAGUUCAUUGACCGAACUGUCAGUGGGUGAUAAUAAACUGGGAGAUGCAGGGGUGCGAGUGCUGUCUGAAGCACUGAAGGACACAGAAUGUAACAUCCAGGAACUGCGAUUGAAUAAUAAUGGUCUCACGCAGUCCUGUGCCGAGGAUCUCGCAGCUGCCAUCAACACAAAUGACUCUCUGACGGGGUUGGACCUGAGUGAUAAUAAAUUGGGAGAUUCUGGAAUUAAAGCGUUGAAUGCAGCCCUGGUGAAUCCAGAAUGCAAAAUAGAGAAGCUAGGACUUGGCCGCAUUGUGCUCACUGAUUCGGUCUUCGAGGACUUCAUCAGCACUCUCGGUGCAGCUCGCGUAAUGAAGGAUGUCAGCCUGGAAACAAACUUGUCCUCAGACCUAUCUGGGCCAUCUUUCGGCACGAGCAAUGAACAGAAGUCUGGAAUGGAUGCAAUGGGUGUUUCUUCUGAUCUUUAGCUGAACGUAUAGAAGUGCGUUUUGUAUCUCAUUCAUACGCACCAUGACCAUAUUGCAGCGGGUCUCCAAUUUAACACUUUCACGGAUGUGAUCUAGCUUGAUGAAUAUCUGUGAUAUGCUUCAAAUUACGAUAGAAUUUAAACCUUCCUUUCAAAAUAGCAUAGAAGUAAAGAAGGUACUCCAAUUGCACCAUACAUCAGUGAACCAGCUCCGAGACAGCUACGUUUAGUUCACCGUGCCCUCCAUAAUGUUUG